GUACAAAUCGUCAGGGGCUGUACCUCCACUCUGAGUAGGCGCGAAAGCUCCAAAGUCGCUGCGGGGCUGGAGACGGCGGGAGCAGCUGCGCAGCGGCUGAGGCAACUCGAGAUCUGUAUAGUCCCGAGCCGAGCGCUGGAGAGGCCGGAGCCAUGACCAGCGAAGUGGCUUCUGAAGUGAACCUAGAAACCAGUGAUCCAAAACUUAUUUCACAAGAAGAAGUAGAUAGUCCUUCAGACAGUGGACAGGGCAGUUGUGAAGCAAUUGAGCCCUUAAGUGAAAGAGAUUCAGAUGAAGAGAUAUUUGUGAGUAAGAAAUUGAAAAGCAGGAAGGUGCUACAGGACAGUGACUCUGAAAGAGAGGACACAAAUGGUUCUCCAGAGAAAACUACCUAUGACAGUGCCGACGAUGAAAAUAAAGAGAACUUAUAUGCUGGAAAAAAUGGGAAAGUCGGAAGGAUUUACAAAACCUUGGCAGACAGUGGUGAAAGUGACAUCGAGGAGUCUUCGUACCAGGAAAAUCUUGAAACCCAGGUGACAUCUUCCUUAGAGCUGAGCCUCCAGUCUGAAAAUUCUGUGGGCUUCACAGCUGACAGAAAGAUUUACAGAAAACCCAUGCACGAUAAAGAAGGAAGUGGAGGAAAAGCAAAAGUAAAAUCAAAGAGAAGACAUGAGAAAGAGGAGAAAAAGAUGCAAAAAAUUAGGCAGCUGAAAAAGAAGGAAACAAAAAAUGAGGAAGAAGUGAAACAGCCAUUUAAUGAUAGUGGCUGUCUUCUUGUGGAUGAAGACCUUUUUGAAACUGGGUUGGAGGAGGAAAAUAACUCUCCAUUGGAAGAUGAAGAGUCAAUAGAAUCCAUAAGGGCUGCUAUGAAAAACAAAGUAAAAAAGCACAAGAAAAAGCAACUAUCUUUGGAGAGUGGGGUUUCUACAUUUGAAGAAGAAAGUGAGUUAUCAAAAGGCACCGGGAGGAAGGAAAGGAAGGCAGCCAAGUUAAGUAAGGAAGCAUUAAAAAAACUGCAUAGUGAGACUCAGCGCCUUAUUCGAGAGUCUGCACUUAAUCUUCCAUAUCAUGUGCCUGAGAAUAAAACCAUUCAUGAUUUCUUCAAACGUAAACCCCGGCCCACUUGCCAGGGAAAUGCCAUGGCGCUACUGAAGUCAUCUAAGUAUCAGUUAAGCCAUCACAAAGAAAUUGCAGACACUGCAAACACAACUGAGAUGAAUAGUGACCAUCAUAGCAAAGACUCGAAGCCGACAACAGGUGCAGGAUAUGAAAUGGAAACUAAUGCAUUCCCUUCAGUUUCAAAGGAACCCCAGAUGACGACUGGAUCAGAUGAGUCUUGCAGUAAAGAUCUGAUGGGAAGUGAAGAGCUAGAAACUCAGGAGAAACAGAAGCAGAAUGAUGCUAGACCUUCACCUGGGGAUAGCUCAGUGGCACAGCAGGAAUCCAGCCUCCUUGGGAACAAGGACAAUGACGGGUAUCAAACUGGAGGGCUUGUGGCACCUGAAUGUGAUGCCCUGGAGGGAGUAGAAGGUGAACAAACACCAGAAGAAGCAGAUGAGAAGGUGGAAGAGCUAAGGCAGCAAACUAAAUCAGCAGCAGCUGUGCCACCUGAAAAAAUGAGGAAGUUCACUCUGGAUAGACUUAAGCAAUUGGGAGUAGAUGUUUUCGUUAAACCUCGGCUGGGUGCUGAUGAAGAUUCCUUUGUGAUACUUGAAGAACCUGAAACCAAUAGAGAACUGGAAGCCUUGAAGCAGCGUUUCUGGAAGCAUGCUAAUCCAGCAGCCAAACCCAGGGCUGGUCAGAAGGUGAAUGUGAACAUCAUCGUGAAAGAUGUGGGCACUGAUGGAAAGGAAGAGCUCAAGGCUGAUGUGGUGCCUGUGACUUUGGCAGCUGAGAAGCUGGAUGGAGUGAGCCACACAAAACCAGGUGAAAAGCUUCAGGUGCUGAAAGCUAAACUGCAAGAAGCAAUGAAACUCCGAAGGUUUGAGGAACGCCAAAAGCGCCAGGCAUUGUUUAAUUUAGAUAAUGAAGAUGGAUUUGAAGAAGAGGAAGAAGAGGAAGAAAUGACUGAUGAGUCUGAGGAUGAUGGAGAAGGGGAGGAAGAGGAAAAAUUAGAGGAAGAAGAGAAAGAGGAAGAGGAGAAAGAAGAGGAAGAAGAAGAGAAAGAAGAAGAGGAGGAAGAAGGCAAUCAAGAGAUUGCAGAAUUCCUUCUUGGUAAUGAAGAAAUGGAAACUAAAGGUGAGAAAGAAAUGGAUAAAGAGAAUAAUGAUGACAGUUGUGAAACUGGCAAGUCCAUCCUCAAGCCUCUCUCAUCAGAUUCUACCGUUCUCCUAUUUAAAGACAACUCUUCCAGGAUGGGUUACUUUCCCAGUGAAGAAAAAUCAGAAACAGAUGAAAACUCAGACAGAAGGCCUAGCAAACUGGAUGAAGAUGAUUCAUGCUCAUUGCUAACAAAGGAGAGCAGCCACAAUAGCAGCUUCGAGUUGAUUGGCUCCACAAUUCCAUCCUAUCAGCCUUGCAACAGACAAGCAGGCCUUGGGACUGGUUUUAUCCCUACAGCAGCGGGAUUCAGAUCUCCUUCUCCUGGGCUAUUUCGAGCCAGUUUGGUUAGCUCAGCUUCUAAGAGUUCAGGAAAGCUGUCUGAGCCUUCACUUCCCAUAGAGGAUUCCCAGGAUCUGUAUAACGCCUCCCCAGAGCCCAAGACACUUUUCCUAGGAGCAGGAGACUUCCAGUUCUGUUUAGAAGAUGACACUCAGAGCCAACUGUUGGAUGCAGAUGGGUUCUUAAACAUUAGAAACCACAGGAACCAGUACCAGGCUUUGAAGCCUCGAUUGCCACUGGCCAGUAUGGAUGAGAAUGCCAUGGAUGCUAACAUGGAUGAACUGUUGGAUUUGUGUACUGGAAAAUUCACAUCUCAGGCUGAAAAAGCUCUGCCCAGGAAAAGCGACAAGAAAGAGAACAUGGAAGAACUUCUGAAUCUUUGUUCAGGAAAAUUCACCUCUCAGGAUGACUCCACUCUGACUCCAUCAGAGGUAAAUAAGCAGAAGGAGAGCAGCAUGGGUGAUCCACUGGAAGAAGCACUUGCUCUUUGUUCAGGCUCUUUCCCAACAGACAGAGAAGAAGAAGGUGAUGAGGAAGAAUUUGGAGACUUUCGGCUUGUCCCAAAUGAUAAUGAUUUUGACAGUGAUGAGGAUGAACGCAAUGACUCCGAUGAUGAAAAUGAGGCGCUGGAAGACCACGAAGACGACGACGAAGAAGAGCUCCUGAGGCGGUCUGAGAAGUUGAAAAGGCAAAUGAGAUUGAAGAAAUACCUGGAGGAUGAGGCAGAGGUGUCAGGGAGUGAUGUGGGAAGUGAAGACGAGUAUGAUGGGGAAGAGAUUAAUGAGUAUGAAGAGGACGUAAUUGACGAAGUACUUCCUUCUGACGAGGAGCUACAGAAUCAAGUCAAGAAAAUCCACAUGAAAACAAUGUUGGAUGAUGAUAAGCGACAGCUGCGUUUAUACCAAGAGAGGUACCUUGCUGAUGGGGAUCUGCACAGUGAUGGUCCUGGACGAAUGAGGAAAUUCCGAUGGAAAAACAUAGAUGAUGCUUCGCAGAUGGACUUGUUCCACAGAGACUCUGAUGAUGAACAGAUCGAGGAGCAGCUUGAUGAGACUGAAGCCAGAUGGAGGAAGGAGCGAAUUCAACGAGAGCAGUGGCUCCGGGACCAGGCACAGCAGGGGAAAAUUGUAACUGAAGAAGAAGAAGAAAUUGGGGAAGACAGUCAGUUUAUGAUGCUGGCCAAGAAAGUUACAGCCAAAGCGCUGCAGAAAAAUGCCAAUCGUGCUGUGGUUGUUCAAGAAUCAGUGUCUUUACUCAGAAAUCCUUUUGAAGCCGUCAGACCAGGAAGUGCCCACCAGCUGAAGACAGGCUCGCUGCUAAACCAGCCCAAAGCUGUGCUUCAGAAACUGGCUGCCCUCUCUGACCUCAACCCCAGUGCUCCCCGAAAUUCAAGAAACUUUGUCUUCCAUACUCUUUCUCCUGUCAAGGCUGAGGCAGCAAAGGAAUCAUCUAAGCCUCAGGUGAGGAGAAAGGGUCCGUCCUUCAUGAGAACUCCUUCGCCUAAGCGCCUCAAAACUGGUGAUAGCACUUCAGGACUGAAGCAAAGCAUCUUUAGGUUCUUGGAAAGCUAACUCCAUCAGCGGUGCCAGCACCUACUUUGAAAACUUCGUGGCAUUGAAAGUUGGAAUUGAAGCUCACAUAGAUGAUUCUUCCCAUCCUUCGUAAUCAGUGCAUUAAGAUUGCCAACAGAGAUUCCAGUUCUUUCCACUUCCUGGCUGUGGGCAUCUCUUUCCUUCCCUAGUAUUAUUUCCUGGGUUGGCCACUAACCUUAAUUCUGCAGUAUUUAUAACACUGACUCAUGGGGAACUUGGGUGAAGACUUCCUUCCUUCAUGAAAUACUUGAUAUUUUAUCCUAAUAGCUUGCUGGGUUGAUAACUCUUUGUGAAAGCAGUGAUUAGAGGAGG